AGUUUUUUUUUUCAAUAUUUAUGUUUUGUUAUUGGAGACUUGUCCGCUCUUGUCAAUUUUCAUGUUUCUUUCUAGAAUUAUUUUUACUGGACCAGGAAAAAUAUCUUCAAAAUAUUUUAUCCGAAGCCGAUUUUCUAAAUAUCUUUUUUUUAAUACAAGAUCAAUAGCUACAACAUUAACAAUGUCGAAGUCUGCACUGGUGAUCCUAGCCCAAGGUGCUGAAGAGAUGGAGACCAUCAUCACGGUGGACAUGCUACGGAGGGGUGGGGUAACUGUAACAUUAGCAGGUUUGGACGGCAACAGCCCAGUGUUGUGCUCCAGGCAGGUGACGGUAGUCCCUGACAAGUCACUGGCCGAUGCAUUGGCGGCAAACCCUCAAUAUGAUGCUGUCAUUCUCCCAGGAGGCCUGGAGGGGUCAGAUCGGCUCUCCAAGUCCAGCGUCGUAGGUACACUUCUGAAAGAACACGAGAAGGCUGGCAAAAUUGUUGCCGCUAUUUGCGCUGCGCCGACCGCGUUCGUUGCCCACGGGGUGGCGCAAGGCAAGCGCGUGACGUCAUACCCCACAACCAAGGACAAGAUUGCCGGGGCGGCCGGCGGCUACCAGUACGUGGAGGGCGAGCGGGUGGUCGUCGACGGCAACAUUGUGACCAGCAGGGGCCCCGGUACAGCGUACUGGUUUGGGCUGAAGCUGAUCGAGCUGCUGACUGGCAAGGAAAAGGCCGACACCGUCGAGAAGGGCAUGAUCAUCACUGGUUAUUAAAUAUAUAAAAAAUAGAACCAAGUCUUUCAAAUAAAGCGCUGAUUACGGCUGACCAAACCGUACGCUUAAAUAAUAUAUAUGAAUAUAUAAAAAUAUUUCUUACAAUGUCCUACGAUGCAGUCUGAUCCUUGAUAAUGUGUGUCAAAAAAAAAUCGUUACAUUGUUAAUUUUAAGUGUAAUUUUUCAGAAAAUGGUUUUUUUUUUA